AUGAUUAUCAGAUUCAGAAGUCCAGUUGGUAUGCACCGUGUGCGCUGUGAAGGGUCAGAGACGUUAGGCCAAGUUUUGCCACAGCUACAGACGAUACUCAACGAGCAUGGUAUUACGCCAAGGGCCAUUGAACUAGGUAAAGAGGCAAAUGGCAAGGACAAAACUAAUGUAGAAAGUUUGCUAGAGAAAACUAUAGAGGCAUUGGGGUUCAGGCACGGUGAUAUUGUCUAUGUGCACUAUCAAGUGGACUCUAGCGAAACUAAGGGGUCUGCUAACGACAACAAUGGCUCGGUGGCAGUUAAUAUUCCAAACAAUCUAGUUCCUGGGAAGUCUCAAAAAGCUGAUGAAUUAGAAGUAGAUAAGGAAUUGGAAAAGCUAGAUGGACUAAUUCCAAGACAAAAGACCAAGCUGUGUAAGCAUGGUGAUCGGGGGAUGUGUGAAUAUUGCUCCCCAUUACCACCUUGGGACGCCAACUAUGCUAACGAAAACAACAUCAAACACAUUUCUUUUCAUGCAUACUUGAAGAAACUUAACGAAAGUACAAAUAAACGUGAAAGCGGAAGUUCCUAUAUCGCCCCGCUAUCACAGCCCAAUUUCAAGAUAAAUAAGCACUGUACUAAUGGUCAUGAACCAUGGCCAAAGGGAAUAUGCUCUAAAUGUCAGCCAUCAGCGAUCACUUUACAACAACAGGAGUUUAGAAUGGUUGAUCAUGUUGAAUUUCAGAGCAGUGAACUAAUAAACCAGUUUAUUGAGUUUUGGAGAGCCAGCGGCACACAGAGAUUUGCAUAUUUGUAUGGUAAAUAUGAGAAGUACGAUGCGACUCCCUUGGGAAUUAAGGCAUGUGUACAUGCGAUAUAUGAACCCCCACAGCAUGAUGAACAAGAUGGUAUUACGAUGGAUAUGGAACAAGUGACCCAGGAACUAAACACUAUCGAUCUGCUGGCGAAGGAGAUGGGAUUGUUACGAGUUGGUAUGAUAUUUUCAGAUUUAACAGAUGCUGGCAAUGGAGACGGUACUGUCUUAUGUAAGAGACACAAGGACUCCUUUUUCUUGAGCUCAUUGGAGACAAUAAUGGCUGCACAACAUCAAACAAGACACCCCAAUGUCAGUAAGUUCAGUGAACAAGGCAUAUUUUCGUCGAAGUUUGUUACAUGCGUGGUUUCAGGUAACCUAAAGGAGGAGAUAGACAUAGCCAGCUAUCAGGUCUCGAUCGAUGCCGAAGCGCUAGUAUCGGCAGACAUGAUUGGGGGCUCUACCCACCCUUCCAUGGCAUACAUCAACGACACCACAGAGGACAGGUACGUGCCAGAGAUAUUCUACAUGAAGAAGAACGAGUACGGUCUGACGGUGAAGGAGAACGCCAAGCCCGCAUUCCCAGUCGAUUACUUGAUCGUGUCAUUGACACACGGGUUCCCGAAGGACGAGGACACCACUACCCAGCUGUUCAACUCCGUCACGGGGUUCCCAUGGAGCAACAGACAGGCCAUGGGCUACUCCCAGGACUACCACGAGCUGAAGAGAUACCUGCACUCCACAGCAGCCUCGGGAAACUUCAACGACUUGCACGACAAGCUAGCAAACUUCCACCUGCUGCUCUACAUCCACUCACUACAGAUUCUCUCACAAGAGGAAUGGGAAUUGCUCGUAAAGGGCGCCUUGUCCCAGGACUACCAAGAGCCCCUGUACAAACUGUCCGCCUCCCCGGGCUGGCAGACCCUACUGAUGAUCAUAGAGUCGGCAUGA